AUGCCUGAUCAGGCUCCUCCCACCGGCGAUGCCGUCGCCGCGCAGGCACCAGAUGAUUGGACCGCAAAGGCGUGGAGCAUCGGCAAGAAUGUCGCCUUCUUCAUCGCCAUUCAAUUCGCGAUGCGCCAGUUUAUGGGCGGUGCUAAGACGCCAGCACCAACCCCAGAUAUGGCCGCUGCUCCAGGAGUACAAUCGGUAGAAGUAGGAGAAUACAGUGCGAUUCCUCAAGGACUCUUCCCGCUCUGGCCGAGCAACACCUCUGUUGACAUCAGCAUGUACAUUUCGCCCAGCGUCAUUAUGCCGGGGUUCAAAGCCAUGCCGUAUGAGAACCUGAUAGUUCGUGAGACGGACUUCUCGUUGGACAGAGCAAAGAAUGAUCACCGAGAGGUGCAAAAGAGCUUCAAGGUUCCCCCGAGUGUACAGAAGAACGGAACAUUAUGGGCACACAUCUUUGUCGGUAUGACUGGUGCAGAGCUCGACCCUGCUGCUCCCUCGUACGAUCCUUCGAAGGCGUACCGUAUGAUCAGACCGUUGACCCAAUAUCUCGGAAAGAAGAAAGUACGCAAAACGAGGAGUCUUCUGGGAGGCGCGGACGACACCGAAGAGGUUGAAGAGCCGGAAGUAGAGGACACGGCUACGAUCGCAUCUUACUACCACCCGAACUUCACGUUAUCGUUCAUCCCAGACACCGGCACUGUUCAAUGGCCAACUCUUCAUCCAGCAAUGAGGCAGUUCUACACCUUGGAGCAGACGGGCCGCCGCGACGAGACUGGCAAGAACUCCUGGUACUACCCCGUGCUGUACUUGAACACCUUCUGGCAGUUGAGAUCCCAUAUGACUGAGCUGAACACUACCCACCCUGUGGACCAUCUGCCAAUCAACGUCAACAUUGGCACACUUCGCAAUUGGCAAUUCGGUGUCAUGGCCAGCAUGGACGAGGGAAUGAAAGAAACUGCACGGAAGUCUGCUCGCGGCGAGACUACGCCAGGAGGUGGUGACGGGUCUGAGAUGGAAAUGAUCAAGGAGACUCUGCUCGACACCAACCCAUGGCUCCUUGGAACAACGGUCUUCGCUAGCGUGCUGCACAUGAUCUUCGAGCUGCUUGCCUUCAAGUCUGAUGUCUCCCACUUCCGCAAGAAGAAGGACAAUGUUGGAGUUUCUGUACGAACGAUCCUGUCGAAUGUGGUGAUGCAGCUCAUCAUCUUCUUGUACCUCAUGGAUAACAAUGAGUCUACCAGCUGGAUGAUUCUCUUCGGACAAGGCAUGGGAAUCGCGAUCGAGGCUUGGAAGAUCACCAAGACGGUCAACGUACGUGUUAGGCAGCCCGCUCCUGAUAGCUACGCCCACAAGCUCGGCCUGCCUUACAGUGUGGUGUUCGAGGACAAGCACAAGCUCAGCGAGACUGAGGAGAAGACUGAGGAGUACGACAAGAUUGCCUUCAAGUACAUGGGUAUCAUCGCUGUUCCGCUUCUGCUUGCUUACGCCGCCUACUCGCUGGUCUACGAUAMCCACAAGAGCUGGUACAGCUUCAUCAUCGCAACGCUGGUGGGCAGCGUGUACGCCUAUGGUUUCCUGAUGAUGAUACCAAGUCUGUACAUCAACUACCGUCUCAAAUCGGUUGCCCACAUGCCUGCUAGGGCUAUGAUGUACAAGUUCCUCAACACCUUCAUCGACGAUCUCUUUGCUUUCACCAUCAAGAUGCCGCUUCUUCAUCGUCUUGCGACUCUCCGUGACGAUGUUAUCUUCUUCUUCUACCUGUACCAAGCAUGGGCUUACAAGGUUGACCACACUCGGGUCAAUGAAUUCGGUCAAGGUGGUGACGAAGAAGAGGUUGAGAGCAAGAAGGCUGCGAAGCCACUUUCAGCACCUGCAGGCGGGAAAAUCACUGAUAGUGACGGCAAACUCAAGGCAGACCUUGACAGCAAGGCCGAGGGAGCUGUGAGCAGCGCAAAGGAGAAGGCGAGCGCCAGAAAGCGCAAGGCAUAA